AUGUGUACCUCCAGGAAGAAGAACUGGUCCUCAGUCGAGGUUCUGAUGAGCACCUUGCUUGUGGUUUUAUUUAUCGUGUGUGUUGGACUGAUUGUUGUCUCCUGGUUUGCUCUACAACCAAGUAACACAGAUGAAAACGGAAGCUCAGAGUCGUCUUUUAGUGGAACGCUGAAGAUCGUGAGAGGAGCCACCUUCACUGAGGAGCUCAGAAACAAGAGCAGUGUGCAGUUCAAAUCUCUGGCCUUCGAUACUCAGCUACUGGUUUCAGAAGCGUUUGGACGCAGCGCGCUGAGCCAGAACUUCAGGAGCUGCAGAGUCACUCAGUUCAGUCAGGGCAGCGUGCUGGUGAACUUUGAUCUGAUGUUCGGUGCUCAGGUGGAGGUGAUGGUUGUGGAGCAGGAGCUGAUCUCCUCUCUACAGGACGUUACUGCAGGAGAGCUCGUCAUCAACACCAGCAGCAUCCACAUCACAGUUACAUGUCCUGUAGGAGAGCGAGUGUGUCGGGACGGUGAAACGUGUGUUUCUAUAAAUCUGUUCUGUGAUGGAGAACCAAACUGUCCUGACGGUUCAGAUGAAUCUCACAGCACCUGUGCGACAGUGUGUGAUGGACAGUUCGUGUUGCUGGGGCUGAGUGGAUUUUUCCACAGUGGGAGCGUUCCUCAGGAUUACGACAGUGAUCUGAUCUGUCGCUGGAUUAUACGUGCUGGUGAAGGUUUGGUCAUUAGGAUGGAGUUUGAGUUUUUCCAUCCAGAGGAAUCGAUCGGAACUCUGAGUCUGUACGAGGGAACCGGACCUGACAAAAUACUGACCUACUCUCUGACCGGUUCUUCUCCUCCUGGAGUCGUCUGGAUUUUUUCCCAGAAUGCCACGGUGGAGUUUUGGUCCGAUUCAGUUUCUCACCGGCGGGAGUUUAAUGCCACGUACAGAGCGGAGAGCCUCGCCCACCUCACCAAUGAUGAGAAGAUAAACUGCUCGUUUGAGGACGGUUUCUGUUUCUGGAGACGUGAUGCUGAUGCUGAUGGAUUUUGGAUCAGGAUGAGUGGAUCUUCGCUUCCUUCACUUUCUGGACCGAGUCACGACCACACCUACGGCAACAAAUCCGGGUUCUACAUCAUCACGCCGAGGAGUCCGGGGAACUGGGAGAAGAUUUUCCGCAUUAACAGUCUCCCUCUGUCUCCAGCCAAUCAGCCGGUGUGUUUACGCUUCUGGUAUCACAUGUUCGGCGUGGACGUUUGGCGUCUGGCGGUAACGACAGAACGGAACUCGUCCUCCACGCUGCUCUUCCAUAAAGAGGGAAACUACGGCGACAACUGGAACUACGGUCAGAUAACCGUAAACAUCAUCGCCAUGGAAACGAUUGUGUUUGAAGCUCGUAAACGAGGCGGCGGCAUGAGGAACGACAUCGCACUCGAUGACCUCAGUUUGACCUCUGGCCCUUGUGGACCUUCUCCACCCGACCCGACCCCGGUCCCUCCGCCCACCACGCCUCCACCGAUGCCACCUGAUUGUGGCGGCCCUUUUGAUCUGUAUGAACCCAACACGACCUUCAGCUCCCCGAAUUAUCCACGCGGUUACGGAGACGAAGCAUCAUGUUUGUGGACGUUACACGCUGAUGAAGGUCAGAACAUCCAGCUGCAUUUCCAGGACGUGGCUUUAGAAGCUUUGUACGACGUGCUGGAGGUCCGAGACGGUGUGGAACCUCAUUCUACAUUAUUAGGGGUUCUGACGGGCGAGUUUGAUUUUCCCGACCUUUUCUCCACCUCGUCUCAGAUGACCGUGAUGUUUUUCUCUGAUUCUUCUGGAAACGAUCGAGGAUUUCUGGCUAAUUUCACUACCGGCUUCAACCUUGGCCGACCAGAGACGUGUGAUCGGGAUCAGUACCAGUGCCGGUCAGGACGCUGUGUGUCCAGUUCCAGUGUUUGUGAUGGUGUGGUUCAGUGUCCUGAUUCUUCUGAUGAAGUGAACUGUGUUCAUUUAAUGUCAGUAAAUUUUACUGAAGCUCCACGUUUAAAGAUUCAGAUGCAGAACAUCCUUCACCAAGCAUGUGGAACCAACUGGGACUCUCAGCUCUCCCAGUUCUUCUGCAGAUAUCUGGGCUACAGAUCUGGAAAUGCUUCGUUUCUCUCUGUUCUUGAGAACGAAGAUUCGUUUGUUCUUGUGAAUCUGAGUUCUGAUGGAGCGUUGGACCUGAUAGUCAGUGAGACGUGUUCCAGUGAGACGGUCGUAUCUCUCCACUGUGACAACCAGCCAUGUGGGAGGCAGAAGCUGGGAGUCAGAACUGGUUCCAGUAGGUCAGUGAUGGAUGAGUUAAUGGUGAAGGAUGGGGGGAGGAUCGUUGGGGGGGAGGAUGCAGUGAGGGGGUCGUGGCCCUGGAUGGUUUCUCUACACUGGAGGGGUCGUCACGCAUGUGGAGGAACACUGAUCGACUCUCGGUGGAUCGUUACUGCGGCACACUGUGUUUACGGGAAGAACGUUCACCUGUGGAACUGGGACGUGAUUUUGGGUUUACAUGCUCAGUAUGAACUGGACACUUCAGAACGACAAACUCAUGAAGUGGAUCGAAUCAUAAUGAACCCAAACUACAACAAACGAACUAAAGAGUCGGACGUCGCUCUGCUGCACCUACACACCAGCGUUAAUUACACAGAUUAUAUCCAGCCGAUCUGCCUCCCUGAUCCUGAUCAGCAUUUCACUGCAGGAAGACGGUGCAUCAUAGCAGGAUGGGGGAGAUUAUCAGAAGGAGGCUCAGUAGCUGACGUGCUGCAGCAGGCCGUGGUUCCUCUCAUCAACAACAGUCUGUGUCAGCACUUCCUUCCUGAGUAUACAAUCACUGACAGGAUGGUCUGUGCGGGGUACACCGAGGGCGGAAUCGACUCAUGCCAGGGCGACUCCGGGGGGCCGCUGGUGUGUGAACAGGAUGAUUUUUGGGUUCUGGCGGGUGUGACGUCUUUCGGAGCAGGCUGUGCCCAACCCCGCCGCCCUGGCGUCUACGCCCUCGUCCCGCACUAUGUACGGUGGAUAGUGGAAACCAGACGGCUGGAGUCACGCUGGCAUGGCGGGAGAUAGGAACGUCCUGCACAUUUACUCCACGUCCAUCAUCUGAAACAGAGGCCACACUGUCCACAGCCAAGCAAGCCUAAAAAAGCUGUUUAGAUUUAGAUUUUAGCUCUAGAUUUUCCUUUCUUUUGUUCAAGUUCAGUCGAGCUUUAAAGUGACAGAUUUAGGAGUAGAGACUUUGCUUUUAAGCCAAUGAAGUAAAGCUUGCUUGACUGUGAACAGUGUUUCAGCAGAGUUUUAUUCACAUCAUAUA